AUGGCCGAAAGAAACACCAAGAGUCCAACUAUAGAAUCACCGCGCGCUUUUUGGACACUAAAAAAUGUGUGGAAGAAAAGCUUCGAUUUUAACAGAAAGACCUUGCUUCAUACUGAAUUGACUGACACAACUCAGUUCUAUAUUUUGAAUAAUCAAAAUGUACCCCAAGAAAGUACAACAGAUUUUAGUGGCAUUUCAAAUUCAGAAACAAAGAUCAUUGAUGAGGAUCGUCUUAUAGCAUACGAAGAGAAAGCAAUAAAUACGGUAGACGAUGCUUUGGAUAACGAUGAAAGUCAGGGAGUCAGAAAGAAUGUGUGGAGCGACGUUGAUGACGAAUUAUACAUAGCCAAUUUGAUAAAAGUAAGAACUUCUUAUGAAGAGAAACGUUUAAAACGUGAUACUAGUGCUCACAUAAGUGUUAGUGAUAUCAGUGAAAAGGUUGUGAAUAGUGAUAAGUUAGAUAAGUACGAUAUGUGGGAGUUAGAGCCAACGGACUUGACGGAGUGUGACUGUCUCGGUCCACCUCCGGAGUUUUUGCUCCCGCCGCCACCACGUCCACCGUUCCUGCAAACAGAUUACUACUGCAGCGAUGAUCCUAUACCUGAUCUUGAGACUUGCGACACGGAACCAAAGAUAGAUGCGUACAAUCACAGUGGGCCGUCAUUCCAAACAUCCGCAGUCAUCGCUCUCUGUUCCAUAGUGCUCUUGGUAGGCGUCCUCGUCGGUGCUGUACUGGUUUGGAAACACAAGCGAAAAGUUACCCAUUUCCUGCCAUCUAAGUCAUCGGCGCCUUCACAAAGUUCCGGCUCCCAGAGAAGGGCUCCGCCGCCAGCACCUUUGUACGAAGAUUUGCAAGACCUCCCCAGGCGGCCACCACUUCCACAUAGACCAGAAAUGGAACCACAGCUAGAGAUGGUGGAAGCCAAGCGACCAACCUGUCAAGGGCGAGUGUUUGUUUGUGAUACUGGAGGUACUUGGCGAGGCGGCAACCCUUGCGGAGGUGAUACGUGUGGAGCUCCACUCUACGAGGAACUUCCUCAUAGAUCAGACGAUUCUGUACACAGUGAUGAUCACUUCGCUGAAGAUGAACUGAGCCUCGUUGGAGAAGCUGCACCGUGUCGAACCUGCUCCAGACCGACAGUUCCACAUUCACUACCACACCGUCAACGGCCCCAGCGCUUAGACCGACGGCCUAAGUCCUUAGAGAGACGACGCGGUCACCAUCGGAUGCCACGACAUUUACAUCCACCAGAUCCUUCAGAGUUCCAUGAAGGUGUGCUCUUGGAUGCCCUGUUAAGAUUAUACCCUCAGGUUGGCACUGUUGGUGCGAGACCGCCGGGGCCUUUGCCGAUGGCAGCUGGAGGUGCAUGGCCCGGAGGCGAGCUUCCCGGAAUCGCGUGUUGGCGCGGCCCACGGGCUUCACCUAAGCCACCGAGUGGCGAUUCUUCAUUCGGCUCCGACUCUGGCUACAGCAAUAACACAUGCGGGACUUGUGGUACUCGUGCAUCAUCCAGACACCGAUUGUCCGCUGAAAUUCCAAUGUCAUGA